UGAGAGAGAGAGAGAGAGAGAGAGAGAGCAGCAGCCUGCAACGGCGGCAGCGGCACCAAGAGCGACGGCCGGCCGGCACCGAAUUCUCUUUUCUUUUUUAACUUGGGUGGUGGACGCAGAAGACAACAACACUCUUGGGGCAGAGACAGAGAGAAAAGAAUUAUAAUUAAACCUUUUGGGAGCCUGCUGAAUUAAAGCGGACAGUCUCUGGGCGGACGUCACUCCUUCCAUCGCUGUGGAGAUUUUCAGUUCUAAUUUUUUAAAUAUUUAUUGCUUAUUAUUUUUGUGUGUGUGCGCGCGAGGAGGUGGUGGCGUUGGGGGUCUGAUUUUUUUUUAAAACUUAUCCACAUCCCCCCCCCACCCCUUUUCCCCUCCCCGCCUCCCUGGAUCUGUGUACAUAUUUAUUAUUUUUUUUGCAAACCAAGACGGAAUCUUUAAUUCGACCUCCGGAGAGAAAGUCAUGCACGGAGCAUGACUGCAGCAAACUGGGUGGCCAACGGUGCUAGCUUGGAGGACUGCCAUUCGAAUUUAUUCUCUCUGGCUGAAUUAACUGGCAUCAAAUGGCGUAGGUACAGUUUCCAGGGACUUGGGGGCUGUGGUCCCAUCAUCUCAGCACCAGCUCAGGAUGAUCCUAUUUUGCAGACCUUUAUUAGAUGUCUACAGGCCAAUCUGCUAUGUGUAUGGCGACGAGAUGUGAGACCUGAAGCCAAGGAAUUGUGGAUUUACUGGUGGGGAGAGGAACCGAAUCUAGUUGAUAUAAUUCAUCAUGAAUUACGAGUGGUAGAUGCGGGUCUCUGGGAAAAUGGACUCACAUAUGAAUGCAGAACACUGCUCUUUAAAGCCAUUCAUAAUUUAUUAGAAAGGUGUCUGAUGGAAAAGAACUUCGUAAGGAUUGGAAAAUGGUUUGUCAAACCCUAUGAGAAAAAUGAGAAGUCUGUCAACAAAAGUGAGCACCUUUCCUGUUCCUUUACCUUCUUUCUGCAUGGAGAGAGCAACGUAUGUACAAGUGUUGAAAUUGCCCAACACCAACCUGUGUACCUCGUCAAUGAAGAGCACAUCAAUGUAGCACUAUCAUCAGCCACACCUUUUCAAGUCAUUAUUAGUCCAUUUGGACUGAAUGGCACACUUACAGGCCAGACGUACAAGAUGUCGGAUCCAGCUACAAGGAAAUUGAUAGAAGAAUGGCAAUAUUUCUACCCAAUGGUAUUAAAGAAAAAAGAAAUAAAGGAGGAAGAAGAGAUGGAUUGUGAUGAUGACUUCCCUGUUGCAGUUGAGGUUAUUGUAGGUGGUGUUAGAAUGGUAUACCCAUCAGCUUUUGUGCUGAUUCCUCAGGGGGAUAUCCCAAUAAUUUCAAAUGCUGCUACUGCAGGAGGUCAUACGAAUCCAGCACAAGGACCAGGAAGUGUGAAAGACACCAAUAGCUGUGGAUUGCCACUUACGCCACCCACCUCUCCUGAGCAGACCAUAAUAGCAGGUGAUGGGAUUGUGCAGGCUGUUGUCAGUCAUGUGAGUGGACAAGAAGGAGCUGUAAACUCAACAAGCCCAAAACAUUCUGGUAAAAUUCCUCCAAAAGUAACUAAUCAGAUGGUUCAGAAAGUCUGGAAAGAAUGCAAUUUGAACAAGACACAACUAAAAAGACAUUCAACUAGUGAAAAUUCUGAGGAAGAGGUAGCCAGCAAUGCUGCUGCUUGGGAUUUUACAGAACCUGGCCAAAGAGUCAAUUGUUCUUGUUCAAGGCAAAAGCUUCUAAAGCAGCGAAGUGCAAUGGGCACAAACCGACCACCAUCCAUUUCCCAGCCUGGCUUUAGUACUGGGCUUCCUUGUGCUUCCCUGCCAUCGUCUGCCUCCUCUAAGCACAAGACAAAUGAGAAGCAGGAAAAAGGAGAUAAGCAACAGAAACGGCCUAUGACUCCAUUUCAUCAUCGACUGUCAUUAACAGAUGAGCUUUGUAUGGAACAGGAUCCUACAGGACAGAAGCUUGGAUUAGUUGGCCUUGAUGUCCCCUUAGAAAUGCAAAACAACAGGAAAUAUGGCAAGCCAGCAUCUGGGCCUCCAGGAAACCAGAGCAAGCCACUUAAUUUGAAUCCUAUGGAUUCACCACAUUCUCCCAUCUCUCCACUUCCACCAACUCUUAGCCCCCAACCAAGGGGUCCAGAAGCAGAAGGUUUGGAAGGAGCUCCUGUGCCCAUCAAUCCAUUGCUGUACAGUAAUGGUCUGGAACUUCAGGCAAUUCCCAGUCUUGAUGAUAAGACUGGGCUUUUAUCACAAAGACUACCACCAGUGCCGGAAGUCAGCGAGACAACUUUAUAUAAUGGUAUCGCUGCACAAAAUUUGGAGUCUUCAGAUAAAAUCUCAUGGCAGUGUUACAAAACUCUUUCCUGUGCAGAAAGAGAGUUCAGGCCACCAGAACUGCACUGUGACAGAUGUGACAGCAAGAUGGAUAAUCCAGAUGGGUCAGCACUAAGACGACUUCUAGCACAACCUCAUAAACGGUUCAAGGUUUCUGAAGAGAGGAGACAGGUACAUAUUCAGGAAAUUAAUUACCUGGACCCAACUCGACUAAUGCAGCAGCAGAGUGAAGGGCCAGGGGAACUUAAUGACCCUUAUACUUUUGUGGACGGUGAUAUUGAAUACAGCUUUACUUCCAUUAAAAAGUUUAAACUGGGCUCUGAGAAAGAUGCAACUAAGAAAUCGCAACAGAAUAAGCUAGAAGAUGGAUUUGGUACAAGGGAAGCUGCACCUACUCAUGCCACACAGUUACCGGAUGGAAAAGAUGCCAUGUCUAUUUUUAGCACUGCUCCAAAAUCAGAAACACGGCAAUCUCCAACCGGGCGGACAGUACCUGCAAGCCUCACACGGGAAACUGAUCUUGUGGUGUCUUUGAAUGAUUUGGACAAUCUUUUUGACAACUCUGAUGAUGAGGAGAAUGGAACUUCUUCUCCGACACGAUCUAAACCAGCAAAUGCAGGGUCAGAAGAUCGAGCUGUUGGCAAAGACGUGAAGACUACAGGGCCUUAUCCUCCAACUGUUGCUGACCUGCAAAGAAUGUUUCCAACCCCUCCAUCGCUGGAACAACAUCCGGCAUUCUCUCCAGUGAUGAACUAUAAAGAUGGUGUUAAUUCUGAGAUGGUUGCAGGGAUCAACAGUGUGGAAAAUCCAGUGAGCAGUGUAACUGCAGCCCAGUUCACAGAAUUCAAAAUGGAGGUAGAAGAUGGACUGGGUAGCCCUAAGCCUGAAGAAAUAACGGAUUUCUCUUUUGUACACAAACCCCCAAAGGCAAAAGCUUUUGUUGGGUCUUCCAUGUUCGCGCCACUGAAGGCAGUACCCAGUCAAUGCCUCGCCCCUCUGAAAAUACCAGAUGCCUGCUUAUACAGACCAUCGUGGGCGAUUCCUCCUAAAAUUGAACAAUUGCCUGUACCAUCAUCUGCUUCAUUAAUUCGGGAUGGAUAUGUCAAUGUGCCUAGUGUUGGGAGUCUGACAGAAGAUUAUAUACAGAUGAGCACUCCUCAGAUGAGCACACCUUUGGCAGUAAGCAGUACUGCACCUGCUAGUAACAGCGGUGCUGGUAUAUUGCCGUCUCCAGCAACCCCACGCUUUUCUGUCCCUACGCCUCGCACACCAAGAACACCAAGGACUCCCCGUGGUGCUGGGACUGCCAGUGGGCAGGGUUCAGUAAAGUACGACAGUGCUGAUCUCUGUUCUCCUGCCUCGACACCCUCGACAACACGACCAUUGAACUCAGUAGAGCCAGCGACCAUACAGUCAAUUCCACAAGCGCACAGCUUGUAUGUUACACUAAUCUUAUCAGAUUCAGUGAUGAAUUUCUUCAAGGAUCGCAACUUUGAUAGCUGCUGUAUCUGCGUUUGUGAUACCAAAGGGGCAGAUGUUGAUUUAUAUCCAGAUCCAACCAACGAAGCUCAGAAUUCAUGCACCUGUGGAUUUAGUGCUGUUGUAAAUCGCAGGCUUGGAUAUAAUGCAGGUCUCUUUCUUGAGGAUGAAUUUGAUAUUUUUGGGAGGACCUCUGAAAUUGGUCAAGCUGCAGAAAGGCGAUUGAUACUGUGCAGGAAUUCUAUAGAACCACAAGGGUUUGAUGGUUCGAAGAGGCCACAUGACCCAACGUCAAACCUAAUUUUCCUCAUACAGGACCAGUGUACAGGACCUUUCACUUCUCUAAGUUCUUUGGAUUACAUUUCCUUGGAUAGAUCAGCACUUCAAUCAGCAAACUGGAACUAUGACAAGCUGAGAGCCGAUAACAGCGAUUGCACAGAGUGUUUCAAUGCCCUGGAGCAGGGUCGGCAGUAUGUGGAUAAUCCUUCUGGUGGAAGAUUAGAUGAAACACUAAUAAGAAGCAGAAGUUUACACCCAUGGCCCAACAGUAAUGUUCUGGAUGUAAGCAUCCUUUCAUCACAAGAUGUGGUUCGUAUGCUGCUCUCACUGCAGCCUUUUCUACAAGAUGCCAUUCAGAAGAAACGGACAGGAAGGACAUGGGAAAACAUCCAACAUGUGCAAGGACCUCUCACCUGGCAACAGUUCCACAAGAUAGGCAGAGGAUCCUAUGGUUCAGAAGAAUCACCAGAGCCUCUUCCUAUCCCCACACUGCUGCUGGGCUAUGAUAAAGACUUCCUGAUGAUCUCCCCUUUUGCACUGCCCUUUUGGGAGAAGCUGCUUCUGGAACCAUACGGUUCUCAGCGUGACGUAGCCUACAUCGUGGUUUGUCCAGAAAAUGAGGCCUUGCUCACUGGAGCCAAAAAUUUCUUCAGGGAUCUUAGUGCAGUAUAUGAGACCUGCAGACUUGGUGAGCAUAGACCUAUCUGCAAAGUAUUGAGAGAUGGAAUCAUGCGGGUUGGUAAGAGUUCUGCAAAAAAGCUGGCAGAUGAAUCUGUCGAUGAUUGGUUCUCUCAAACCUGGGUUAAUGAUGAGAAUGACAAUCUUGCCAAGUUAAAGCUCUAUGCUCAAGUUUGUCGCCACCACUUGGCACCUUACCUGGCUACACUGCAGCUGGAUAACAGCUUGCUGAUUCCACCAAAACACCAGCCAACAGCAUCAUCUGGUACCCAGGGACAGGCAACAACUGGAGCUGGUGGGCCAUCAUCAGGAACCGGGGGUACUUCUGCACCAGUGACAACUGGUACAACAGUUACUUCCACAAUCAGCACUGGCAGUAGCACUGCAACAACUGGCAGCUCUGGUGUAGGAAGUGGGUCAACAGGGACCUGCUGCACUUCUACCUCCUCCACCACCACCACAACCACAACCACUACCCCAGUUUUGCAUCAGACAGGAACAACCUCAUCCACUUCAGGAUUUAGUGGGACUGUUGGGACUGCUUCACUUCCGAGUGGUAGCUCAGGCACCAAUGCAGAGAGACCUCCAGGGAGUACACCCAGUGCAAGUGGAGAUUCGGAUGCCCAAAAUACAGCACAGCAGCAGGAAGUGCAAGAGAGUACUACAGAAAGAGAGCGGAUAGGAAUUCCAACAGAACCCGAGUCAGCUGACAGCAAUGCAUAUCCACCAGCUGUCGUCAUUUAUCUUGUUGAUCCUUUUACGUAGUCCUCAGAUGAAGAGUCAUCUUUUACAAGUGGAUCAUUGCUAGGUCUGUUACGGUGCUACUUGGAGAUGCUGGAUAAUCUGCCAGAGCAUAUGAGGAAUGCAUUCACUGUCCAGAUUGUGCCUUGCCAGUAUCUACUACAACCAGUGAAAGAUGAUCACAGUUCUAUAUACAGCACUUAAAAAUCACUGGCAUUUUCAGUUUACACUCAAUGCAGACGGCCACUUCCCACACAGAUCCACAUUAAAUCACUAACUGGCUUUGGUCCUGCUUCCACAAUAGAAAUGACCCUUAAGCAUUCAGAGCGCCCCCAUCCUAUACAAGUGUACUCGCCUCCUUAUAUCUUGGCACCAAUCAAGGACAAACAAACAGAGCUAGGUGAGACAUUUGGAGAGGCAAGCCAAAAGUACAAUGUACUUUUUGUGGGAUAUUGUUUAUCCCAUGAUCAGAGAUGGCUACUGGCAUCCUGUACAGACCUCCAUGGGGAAUUACUGGAGACGUGCAUCUUGAACAUCGAUGUACCCAACAGGUCGAGGAGAAGUAAAGUGCCUGCCCGCAAAAUUGGUUUGCAGAAGCUCUGGGAAUGGUGUGUUGGAAUAAUGCAGAUGACAUCAGUGCCAUGGAGAAUUGUAAUGGGAAGACUUGGAAGAGUGGGUCAUGGAGAACUGAAAGAUUGGAGUAUCCUCAUUGGACGGCGCUCACUACAAUCUACCAGUAAACAGUUGAAGGAGACAUGCACAAUGUGUGGUAUAUCUGCUGCAGACUCUCCCACUAUUCUCAGUGCCUGCUUGGUUGCCCUGGAGCCACAGGGUUCAUUUGUUGUUAUGCCAGAUGCUGUCACAAUGGGUUCUGUAUUUGGGCGUGGCACAGCUCUCAACUUGCAAACAUCUCAGCUAAACACCCCACAGGAUGCAUCCUGUACUCACAUUUGGUUUUUUCCAACAUCUGCCGCUACAGUUGUUGCCAAUACUGAAGCUCUGGAAGGUCUUGGUAACCAAGGUGAGCAUUUAAUGGUGGAUAUUUUUGCUGAAGAUUUUGAUAAUGACAUCCGGAUACUAAUAACUGAUCUCACCUCUCCUGAUUCACCAACCGGCAUCGGUGCAAGUUCACAUUUUCAGCACAGCAGUGAAGCUGGCAGGGGUCAAAGUGGUGAGCGGCUUCUCUCCACUGAAGCUCAUGAGGAAGUUGCAAAUGUACUCCAGCAACCACUCGCUCUUGGUUUUGUAUCAACUGCCAAAGCUGAGAAUCUUCCUCAGUGGUUUUGGUCUGCCUGCCCUCAUGCUCAAAAUCAAUGCCCUUUGUUUUUAAAGGCCUCUUUGCAUCACCAUGUCUCCCUGGCACAAUCUGAUGAACUACUUCCUGGCAAGCACACUCAUCCUCACCCUCUGGAUUCCAAUCGAACUUCAGAUGUUUUGAGGUUUGUGCUGGAACAGUAUAAUGCCUUAUCAUGGCUCAACUGUAACCCUGCCACACAAGAUCGCCAGUCCUGUCUACCCGUCCACUUUGUGGUGCUUACUCAAAUGUACAAUGCCAUUAUGAAUUUACUUUGAAACCACAAAUUGUGUUAUACACAGACCCACUCACUUUUCUGACGAGGGACACGAUGUAUCGUCAGCUAUUUAUCAGUGAUCUGAAGAUCUUGUAAGGGAAAAUAUCAAAACUUCAGCGAGUAUCGUUUCAAGAUGAUUAAAUUCACUCCACAUCCAAUUCUUUACAAUGUGUGAGCAUUAACAUGCAGAGCACUUUUCUUGGGUACUGCUGCAUCAUCGGUCUACAUUAUAAAGCUCUUCCACAUCAGUAACUUUUUUGGAAUUUUUAUGUUACAGCUUCUAAAACUAUACUUGUCAUCAUUGCUACAACACAGAAUUUAUUUUUCAUGAUAAAUUGUACAUUCUUAAAAACACAGUAUUGUGAAAUCGGGGAAUAUAUAGUGGGGAAUAUCAACUAGCUAGUGCUUGUAAAUGAUAUUUUAUUGUGCAUUUGAGUCACCUUUGGUGACUUUCUUUGUAUUGUAGAUAUAAACCAGAUAUAUCAGAACAGUUUGUAUCUAUUGUGUACAGUGUAAAAUUGACAAAUUGCAGUACUAUUUUUUCUUAAUCAGAAAAAUUUCACAAGGCCUUUUGAAGAGGAAAAUCAAGAUUGUAAAAUUGUACAAAAAGUUAACUUGGUGAAAAUUGUAAGUAGAAGUUUGUAAUUUUUCCAUUUAUUGUCAUUCUCCCUCCCAGAAUUCAUCAGACUGUAGAUGAAAAUGGGUGUUUCAAUUUAAAGGCCAUUUUUAUCUAAGACUUUACUGAUGAAGAUAAAUGCUCGUCUUCAUAUUUUUGGAGGUGCAAGUUCAGCCCUCUGUCAUUUUAUUUAAGUUUUAAGUUAAAAGAUUCUGGUGAAGUAAUAUUUAUAGGUUUUUGUGCAAAAAAAAAUAAAUAAAUGGCAAUAGAUAAAAUCCUAUAUUAUGUACUUCAAUGUGAGAAAGUUGUAUGUAUAUUUCCCGUGGAUAUGCAUAUUUUAGUUGUGGAUUUUUAAAAGUUUGAGCAUACAAGCCCCAGUUGAAGAACAGAAUCCAUUUACAGAAGAUCUUCAUUUUCUUCUGUUAGAAAGCAUUCAAGGUUCAGAAAUGGCAUACCAAAAAGUUUGUCUCCUGAUAACCUGGGUUUGCUAGCAUGCUUGUAUGUAUAUUUCAGAACAUUUUUAAAUGUAAAAGCUGUACAUUUCACGCCAAUAUGAAGUUUUUUCUUCUGAGCAUUUUGCUGUGGGCUUCUUUUAUAUAAAAUAAAAUAAGUGAAGUUCAUUUUAAUUCUGUAUUGCUGAAACAAAUACACUAAAAGCGAGUUUGAUAAAACUGCAGGCAUUUUAAUGUCAUUCAUAUAUCUUGUGGAUGAGAGCUAUACUUUUACACACUUUUUUAGAUUAAUAAAUUAUUAAAUUAUCGAAA